AUGCCUCCUAAAGGCAGUGAGGGCCCAGAGCCAGCCUCUGCCGCUCGUUCAUUCUUCUCAAUCCCAACUCCCAUAAAAGUCCUUUUCGACAAGUUCCCCCUGGUCACCUAUCCCGCGAAUGACAUUCCGCAACGCAUCCCAUCCGAACGACGCGAGAACCAGCUCUUCGUUUUCACCGAUGCCGCAGGCGCGCGUCGAGGAAGACCCUCAUUCAAUCCUCAAUGCCUCAAGUGGCAGGCCUACCUGAAAUUUGUCGGUAUUGACUUCGAGAUUACCGCGUCCAACAACCAUGCCUCGCCGACUGGUGCACUUCCAUUCCUCCUUCCAUCCCUCCCGGCAGGGUCAUCAGAUGCGAUUCCUUCUCACAAGCUGCAGAAAUGGGCAAUUGAGCAAGUCCACUGCGAAGAAGAACAACAGUUAAAUCUCCGUUUCGAAGUUUAUGCUUCUCUCCUCGACCACCGGAUUCGCCAUGCCUGGCUGUACGCACUCUACCUUGACGAGGCCAACUUUAAUGCUGUGGCCCGUCGGCUCUACAUCAAUCCAGCAACAUCCAAUUCGCUUGUACGGACUGCAUUAGAGUUCCAGCUUCAGCAAGCUGCACGCGACGAACUCUUGAAGACGACGCGGUACAUCGAUGUGGCCGAUCUGGAAGGCGACGCGGGCAAUGCAUUCGAAGCUCUUGCCGCAUUAUUAGGAGAGGACGACCACUUCUUUGGCCGGCCCAAUCCCGGUCUUUUCGACGCUAGCGUAUUUGCUUACACCCACCUGAUCCUGGAUGACGAGCUGGGGUGGAAGCAAAAUCGACUGGCUCAAAUGCUGCGGAAGCACAACAAUCUUGUACAACAUCGAGAAAGACUACUACGAUUUUUCUAG